AUUCUCUCCAUCCUCCCUGCUUCCCCUCCCCUCCGCUUGCAGAUCACCUUAUUGGUCGCUGGGAUGGAGCAACUGCGCUCAAGCGUGCCGUUAGCGCACCAUCAUGCCUUUGACCGGUCCGCGUUUGGGAUGCUGUUUAAGUCCACGGCUUAGCAGAGGACAGGUGUUAACGCGCCUUGUUAGAAAAGACCGUCAGAAACAGGUUAAGUUUGUGGAUUUGUAAGCGGACGGCGCACUGUUGCGGCUGCAGCGGUCUGCAUCUGCAGGCGCGGAGGGUUUCCCCCCCUCCCGCUGUAAUAUUUAUGACAAAACGGAGAAGAAAUAUUCUGGUCACGUUUUGGGCUGACAACCGGCUGUCCUGGAGAGCGCUGGAGUGGAUCAGGGGUCCAGUGCUGGAGAAGGCGCUGCGCACAGACACCUGCAGUACAAUGUAAUGGGAAUUCCCAUCAACCAAACGGAUCCAGAUCUGGUCACCAUCUCCACCACUGUCUCAUCUGAGCCAGAGAAAAAGGAAACAUAGACAAUGGUCAGGUGCUGUUGCUAUGCAUGAAGGACCACUGUUAUGUCAAUGGAGACAGACGGCUAUCGUGACCUCCUGGAGACCAGUGAUGGUCAGGGGGUUGGCCUGCUGGAUGGCGGGGGAGAGGUGGGCGUGGAGGAGGGCUGGAACACACCCUAUCCUUUUGGUUUCCAGGUGUCACUGACCACUGUCCUCGUACUGGAACUGGUGUUGGGCUUCAGCAGCAAUCUGACAGUACUUGUUCUCUAUUGUGCCCAGUCCAACCUGGUAGAUUCCGUCAGCAACCUCGUGACCGUCAACCUCCAUGUGCUCGACAUACUGGUCUGUGUGCUCUGCUUGCCACUGACAGUGGCUGUGAUCCUGGUACCAGCGAAUGAAAAUGGGCUUAACAGCUUGGCUACACUUUGCUGCUUCCAUGAAGCUUGUGUCACAUUCACAAGUGUGGCUACAGCAGUUAAUGUAUUGGUGAUCAGUUUGGACAGAUAUGACAUCUCGGUACGUCCAGCCAGUCGUUUGCUGACCCCUAGGCGUGCUGCAUUGCUCCUAGCAGCAGUUUGGGCCAUCUCUCUGGCUGUUUUCUUCCUGCCCUUCCUUGAAGGGGACUUCUUCUCUUCAUUGGCUAAGGAUACUGAGGAUGAAGAGCUGGAUAGGAAGAGUAAUGACUCAGAGCUCACUACUGAACAUACCCCCAUUUUUUCAUCCUUCUCUCCUUCUUUAUUGCCCUCCACCAUUCCCUCCUCUUCCUCACACUCCAUGCCACCUGUAUGGCAAAACAGGACAUUGUUAUGUGUUGGAGGACAGGGGUAUUACACUGGUAUGGCAAUGUAUUAUCACUUGUUACUCCAAGUACCUUGUUUCUUUAUAGCUGUUGCAGUCAUGCUGUUCACCUACUCCAGGAUCCUGCAGGCCCUCAACAUCCGCAUAGGUUCCCAUAUGAUGAGGAACACACGGUCAAAGGACUCCACCUGCAGGAUACGUUGCAGAAGGAAGAGGAGGAGAGAACUAAGCCUGCCAACAGAAGCAGUGUCCAACCAAAAUCAAAACCCCAGUAACCCGUCCCAUACCCCCUCUGGUGCCCCUACUCCAACAUCACCUCCAUCAGUACUUUCAAUGCCCCCUGGGAUGUCUGAUAGUGGGGCUACAGUAACUACUGUCAGCACUGCUGCAACCACCCCUAUUGCAACCACCCCAGCUACCCCAGCUUCUCCAACUCCACCUUCAGCUCCAGUUCGAACCCAUGCCUCCACACCUUUGCCCGCUUCAUCUGUUGGUGUGCAGGCUUCAGUUUCAGCUAUCAUUGCUUUGAGAAGGGCAGUGCGCAGGCACAGGGACAGACGCGAACGGCAGCGUCGCGUCCUGAAGAUGUCUUUAAUCAUUAUAUCUACCUUCCUGGGCUGUUGGGCCCCUCUGUCUGCAGUAAACGUACUGAUCCUUUGCAUGGGUCCCAGUGACGGCCUGGUUGAGCUGCGUUUGUGCUUUUUGGCCAUGGCUUAUGGGACGACCAUUUUUCACCCUCUGCUCUAUGCUUUCACAAGGCAGAAACUGCGGCGUGCCCUCAAGACACGUGUAAAGAAAAGGGUAGUAUCACUUCUGCAGGUGGACCCAGCUCCCAGUGGGGGGACUGUGAUUCAUAACUCUUGGGUUGAGGGGGGAGGCCAGAGAAAAGGCCGUAAGUCACGGGUGGAGGCUAGUGAUGGCACUGAUCGAUGUCUCACCGAAGCCGUGAGAGAAUGAAGCUGGGUCUUUAAAGAGCAGCUGUGCGUUAGAGAACAUUGUGCAGGUUCAAAAAAAUGUAUCUUAAGUAAGAAACUGAUUGAGAUGGAUUGCUUGUAUAUUUGUGAGUAGUUUGUAGGACAAAUGAGCAGGAUAUAGUUUACAAAGGUCAUAAAAAACUUUUACUCUCCAGUUUUUCAUAAGAUUGGGAACCAGGAGAGUUUUAAUCUCUUAUGAGAGCUUGCUUUUUGCUCUCCUUACAUAUGCCCUUACAAAUCCACCUCUUACUGCCACUAGGCAAAUGCUAUAA